AUGAGAGGUUUUUAUCCAGGUUACCGUCCACACCACUUCGGAUUCGGUGGGUUAUUCAUCGUGUUUGGUGCUUUUAUUUUAGGAAGGAUGACAGCAAAUCCACAUGGACCAACGUAUUGGCGACACCAACGAUGUGGAUAUAGUCAUCAUUCAACGUGUCAAUGUCCAGAUUGUGUCAAGUAUCAACAAUACAGAAAGGAACAGGAGCUUAGUUCUUUAAACUAUCAUCAAUAG